GACGUGUCUAUGUCGGUGGCUACUCCGCUGAAACGCAGGCGGUCAGUAUCGCCUGACGUCACACGGCCAUUGCUUCCGUACCUUUACUAUCCUGCGCCGGCACCGGAUCCCGUCACUCGUGCUACGUUUCUAGGGAGAGUCUUCGACAUGCUAACGCCUGCGUAUGUGAGCGAUCACAAUCCCGGGUCGCUGUCGUGGCGGUCCAACGGCACGAGCAUGAUCAUUAGGGACCCUACGUUGUUCGCAGAAACCUUGUUGCCGUCCGCCUUUCCGGGCCAGAAAGACGCAAAGGUGUUUUUAAGAUCACUUCAGGAUUACGACUUCAGACACAAGACGCAGAAAGGGGGACACAUUUUUAUUAAACAUCCUGCACUCAAUAUCACCUCGACCAGAGAGGAAUUUACAGCCAUUCCCAGAAAGACGCUGGCUCGGCGGGUCACACACGAGACCUUUCUUGGUCGCGUCUACGACAUGAUGGUUGCGCACCCAGAGCUCACCACUAACAUCAUUCGCUGGUCUUCUGACGGCACCCAGAUCGUCGUCGACAACGCGAAGGCGUUCGAAAGGACGGUCCUGCCCGUUUGUCUUCCGACGCAGCGCCGGGUACAGACCUUUGCGCGAUCAUUACAUUUUUAUGGGUUCAACCAACGGACCGAGUAUCCCUCUGGCCGACUCAUGUUGACACAUCCGACACUCACCCAAGCAUCGUCCCGGGAAGACUUUCUCGCCGUACCACACGUCCUAUACAACACGACUGCGAUCGAAUGCCUCACCAUCAUAAGCCCUUUCGAGCGGAGUCCGUUGCGUCAUGGUCUGUCUCAGCAUUCCAAUGCCGCUGCAGCCAGCACCGAGCCCAAACAAGCGCCAUCGAAGGUGUUUAUUGGCCGCGUCCAUGAUAUGUUGUCCUCGCCUGACAGGACUGUGAAGCGCGCGGUUGGCUGGUCGAAGGACGGGACCGAGAUUGUGAUCUUCGAUCCAGACAAGAUGUUGAAAUGCUUGCCAACGUUCUUUCCGCGACAGAGCAAAGUUCGGUCGUUUCUCUCUAGCUUGCGGAUGUACGGAUUCGUACGCCGGGACAAUGGAGGGGGAAAGCGGAUGAUUUUCGUCCAUCCGACGUUAAAUUCAGGCUCGACACGGGCAGAGUUCCACGCGACGCCCCGGAAGCAGCGUUCAAAACAACCACAACCCAGCAGCGUUGGCGCCGAGGAACUUGAAGGACAGGAGCUCGAGUCGGAGCAAGAGGUCGAGCUGGACUUGUCGACGUUGUUGAGCUUCGAUGAGAAAGGCAAAGGCAGGCUCAUCGAGCCGGACGCAAAUGAUGCUGCCGAGUCUGGCAGUCAAUCGGACGUCGCGGGUGAGCCCGACUUCGAGUUUGAGCUUGAGCCUCGGGAGGAACGGGUGCGCUUUGAGUGCCCACACGACGGUUGUGGUAUCAGUUAUAAGCUAGAGGAGGCGCUACAGGUACAUCGGGAGAGAAUGGGACACUGA